CAUUUAAUCUUGAAGCCUUUCUGUUACGCAAGCGUUACCGGAAUCAGCAGACCGUCGGACCGUUCCCCUCCGGAGCUCAAAUGGAGUUUGGUGUUGGGCGCUUCUUUAGAGCAUAUGAUACCUCUCAUCUUUACAUGCAGAUGGCGAAGUCCACCCCGCAUUCCCCGCAUUCCCAGACACCCCAGUUCUCUUGCUACCUGCUUGAGAUAUACGACAAUGUCUGCGCUCAAGCAGGGUGAAUUUGUAGGGUCUUUGGAUUGUGGAACGACGUCUACCAGGUUCAUAAUCUUCGAUAAACAUGCUGAUAUUGUGGCUCAGAAGCAACUCGAAUUUCCUCAGUACUACCCCGAACCUGGUUGGCACGAGCACGAUGCGGACGAAAUCAUAGACACCUGCAAUGCCUGUAUAGAUGAGGCGUGCACUGAACUAGAGGCUGCGGGCUGGGCCAAAGAUAGCAUAAAGGUCAUCGGUAUCACUAAUCAACGUGAAACUGCUGUUGCUUGGAGUCGCAAGACUGGUAAACCGCUGUGCCGCGCGAUUGUGUGGGACGACAGCCGUACCAAGAACGUCGUUGCACACUAUGAGCAUAAACUCGCGACCACGGGACUCGAGCUGGAUGGUUCUUUCAGAAAGCGCGAGGAAGGCAUCAAGGCUCUCAGGAAAGUGACCGGCUUGCCUAUCUCAACUUACUUCUCCGCUAUUAAACUACGGUGGAUGAUUACCCACUAUGAAGCAGUGAAGAAAGCGCACGAGGAAGAUGAUUUGCUAUUUGGAACCGUUGAAUCUUGGAUUGUCUAUCGUUUGACGGGAGGCCUUGAUAACGGGCUACACAUCACAGAGGUCACCAAUGCCUCACGUACACUAUUACUGGAUCUCCACACACUCCAAUGGGACAAGAGCCUACUAGAUUUCUUCGAUCUUCGACCUUCGAUACUUCCGAAGAUUGUCUCCUCGUCGGAAGUAUAUGGGAACAUCAAGAAUGGUGCACUUCAAGGUGUUCCGAUUGGCGGGCUUGUGGGUGAUCAGCAAGGUGCUCUGGUAGGAAACAAGUGUCUCAAGCAAGGAGAAGCAAAAUGCACGUAUGGAACGGGUGCUUUCUUGCUCUUUUGCACAGGUCCGGAUAUCGUUGAAAGCACCCAUGGACUGCUCAGUACCGUGGCGUACCAGGAUGGCCCCGACGCGAAGCCGGUUUACGCUCUGGAAGGCAGUAUUGCUGUCGCAGGAAGUGCCAUCAAAUGGCUUCGUGAUUCCAUGUAUCUGGUAACUUCGGCGAACGACGUCAAUACCCUGGCAGCGUCUGUACCAAACACCGGCGGCGUCUACUUCGUUACUGCUUUCUCUGGUCUCCUUGCGCCAUACUGGGACCCCGGUGCAGCUGGUUUGCUAAUUGGUCUAUCAUCGUACACUACUCCUGCGCAUAUUGCUCGUGCGACUCUCGAGGCGAACGCAUUUCAGACUCGCGCCAUUCUCGAAAGUAUGAAACUCGACUCGAAGAAAGAACUUAAGCAUCUGAAAGUGGACGGCGGAAUGACUAACGGCGACAAGGUUAUGGAGAUCCUAGCAGACAUCGGCGGCUUUGACGUCAUCCGUCCAGAAAUGCGAGAAUCGACUGCCCUGGGUUCUGCACUUCUUGCAGGAUCCGCGAUCCGACUCUUUGGGUGGGAUAUUAGUAAACCAGAGACGCUCUCCGAAGUCAACACGCGUGGGAAUACAACGUUUGUACCAGGAAUGCCAGAAGAAGAUCGCGAGAAGAGAUGGCAAGGUUGGCAACGUGCAGUUGAGAGGUCAAAGGGUUGGGAGGUGGGUGUUGCCGAGUGAAAAGAGACAUUGGAUACCUUUCAGUUCAUUUUGUAAGAAGGAUACCCGUGUUAAUAUCGCCGCAUUGCGAGCUUGUUGUAACCUAACGUAGAUGUGGAUGAGCGAUUCUGUGUAAUGAACGUAUUGCGAGUCAAAUUCUUCGUCUUCCCAACUGACGACUAGAAGCCUGCAGGGUUUUCACAUAUGCUACUGCGCAAGAUUGACAACGUCGCUGUCCAGCUUAGUUUAUGAAAGGAGGUUAUGAUUCAGUAUAAGUAAAUUAUUAUGAAGCAC